AUGUCGGAUGACUUGACAUUUUGUGGAAAAGGCUAUCACAGCACCGUAUAUCGCCUCCAUGGCACAGACACAGUUGUCAAGUGCUUCGAAGGAGCGUCGGCAGAAGCGCAAUGCAACAUCGAAACAAAGGUCUAUGAACGCUUCACGUCAGUGUCCGAGGCGCCGCCGUCAAGUAUACUCAAACAUUAUGGACAACACCCAAACAUCCCGAACAGUAUAAUUCUUGAGCACGCUGGACAAGGAAGUCUUUGGGAAUGGUUGUGGCGUGCUCGUGAGUUUGGACAGCUUCCCACCCCUCCAAUUUUGUACAGAUGGGCACGUCAAGCGGCAGAGGCACUCGCCUUCGCUCAUCGUUGCGGGAUCUUCCACUCCGAUAUACAUGUCAUCAACUUCCUGUUGGAUGGAGACUCGAACCUGAAGGUUGCAGACUGGGCUGGGGCGUCGAUUAACGGAGGGCACUCUCUCUCAAGGUACCGAAGAGACCAUACUCUGCCCGGCACGACCGGUGACAACAUUUCGGUGGCAUCCGAGAUAUUCGCCUUCGGAAUGGCGCUGUACAACAUGAUCACUAUCGAAGAGCCAUACCCAGGUCUUCACCACGAGCACGACAAAGAUGAGCUCAAAAGGCGACUGGCUAAGAAGGAAUUUCCAGAUGCCACCAAGCUUGUCGUGCUUGGUCAGGUCAUCCGUGGAUGCUGGAAUCUGCAGUACAGCUCCAUGGAAGAAGUCUUGGAAAGCAUUGUCGGUGAUUCCAACGCUUUUAGCAGAACCAUUUUGUGA